UCUUACUAGGAUAAUAGGGCGAGAUAGAUUCUCCUAAUUGGCCUUUCCUAGAGACGCUUUGACACAUUAACAGCGGUGGGGUUUAUGGGUUAGCUAAUGGCUUUAGUAAAUACCUGCAAAAUUUGUCAAACACCGCUGUUUGACGAUAAACAAACAUAUAUUAGGUAACUACCUAGGUACCUAACCUAUAUAUCGAAACGUCAACCCGCGUUGGGAAACUUGUAGCUGUUCUACCAACACUUGAUCAAGAGAACUGUAACCACUGAACUGACGUAUAGUCCUCUAUAAUUCAUCGGCAUUAUGGCCACCACAGAAACAACAACAAAAUGUGGCAACCCUAAGUGCGACAAGACCUCCAGCUCGACAGCUUUGCAGCAAUGUGGACGGUGUAAGAAAACAGCUUACUGUUCUAAAGACUGUCAGGUUGCCUCAUGGCCGAUGCACAAAAAGAGAUGCACCCACCAGAACUACAUUGUGAAAUUCCAGUUGUCACCUGAGAAGAUCACAGAUCCUCCUGUGUUCCGCACUCUCUCCUGUCCCGCAGACCUUGUCUUCUAUCACCUGCACAUGGCCUUGCAACUUGCUUUCGGCUGGGCAACUACCCACUCCUUUGACUUCGCCGUGCUAAAUCCAGACUACACGCUACCAGACAGCCCGACGAGCAUGUACCAGUACAUGAUGAUGGUGUCUAGCAUGGGGCAACAGCCCGACCCAUCUGCCCCGCAGGAAUACCUGUUCCGCGUCGUCGACCCCGUCGAGCAGACGGCCUUCUCCGGGAUUGACCGGAUGCAUGAGGGCACAAGACGGCACCCGAACACCACGGAGAAGAAAGCAGACUCGUACAAGCUGCGCCACCUCUUCGACGACCCGAAGUACAGCGGCCGCAAGAUGGUCUAUACGUACGACUUCGGCGACAACUGGGAACACGAGAUGACGGUCUUAGGGCGCACAGACGCCACGGCCGACUUUGUGUGCAUCGACGGCGCCGGCCACUACGUUGCCGAAGAUGUGGGAGGUACGAAUGGCUGGCAGAAUCUCAAGGAGGCGUAUCGCACCGCGCAGCCCAGCGCGGAGCAGCGUGAUAGAAGGCGGUGGUUCGAGACGCAGUGCAGUAAUGCGGAUGCCGCUGGCUUAGCGGGCGACCGCGUCAACGCCUGGGACCGCCAGGGACUCAACGAGAAACUCAAGUCUGACCGGCUCUUUGAACACUUCGAUCGCAUCGGAGAUGCGAGCGCGGCCCAGAUGGAGAGAUAUGAGCAGCUUAUGCAGCAGCGUAGAAGAUAGAGCAACUAAGACGUGACAGGAAGUUCGGGGCCGAGUGUUUAGGCAGAUGGCCAAUGCCUGUGGGGGCAGUCGG